UAAUUUAAAAAUAAUUGUACCCGCGACCUCUAAUGGCAUCCGCGCGUGAGGGUAAGCCGGAAUUCUGUGGAUAUAUUAUCAAUCUCUGCGUAAAUACAAGCAAGUUCUGGGCCAAGCCAUACCAGGGGGAAUAUACUUGGCCGCCCCACAUACAGGUGAGGCCAAGAUGGGCCACCAAGUCCGCUGUUUCUUUGACAUUGAGAUUGACGGCAUCCCUUCCGGUCGCGUCAUCUUUGAGCUGUUCAGCGAUGCGUGCCCCAAGACAUGCGAGAACUUCAGAGCUCUGUGCACCGGGGAGAUGGGAAAUGGGGCUACCACAGAGAAGCCCUUGCACUAUCGUGGGGUAAAGUUCCACAGGGUGAUCAAGGACUUUAUGAUCCAGGCUGGCGACUUCUCAGCUGGGAAUGGGACAGGCGGGGAGUCCAUCUAUGGGGGCCAGUUUGAAGAUGAAAGCUUUGACCUUCACCAUGAGGAGCCUUUCUUGCUGUCCAUGGCCAACAAAGGGAAGAACACCAAUGGCUCUCAGUUUUUCAUAACAACCCAGCCAGCGACGCACCUUGAUGGGAAGCACGUGGUGUUUGGGCGUGUGGUCAGCGGCCAGGAGGUGGUGGUGGCCAUUGAGAACCUGCCCGUGGAUAACCGCAGCCGCCCCUUGCAACCGGCGGUGAUUUCCGACUGUGGAGAGCUAGUGCUGCAGAGAGCGAAGACCAAAGAGAAGAAGCGCAAAAAGAAGAAAGAAGCUGCUUCAUCAUCAGAGUCCGAUUCUGAUGUGGAUAAGAAAAAGAAAAGGAAGAAGAAGAAGAAAGAAAAGAAGCAGAAACACAAGAAGAAUGAGAGCUCCGGUGAGGAGGGGGAGGUGAAGGACGACGGCUCGGAGGCAGGCGGGGACACGGCCAAGAUGAAGAGCCACCCGCUGGUUUCUGUGUCAAUUAUUAACCCUGAUGAGAUACCAGACGUCCCCAAAAACCGGUUCCUGUACCGUGCUGGACCGGAGAACAACGAUGAGGAGGGCCGGGCUGACAGAGGCAGGGACCGGCCACGCUCCACAGUGCGAGCCUACACCAAGAGCGGCCGCAAGGUCAAAGGCCGAGGCUCCCUGCGGUACCGCACUCCAUCCCGGUCCCGCAGCCGGUCACGCAGCCGCACCCCACCACACUGGAGGCAGGCCCAGAGGCGCACUAUCUCCUAUGACCAGCUGCAGAAAAUGAAUGAGGAGAAGCUGAGGCGGGAGCAGGAGCGACAGGCCAGGCAGCAGGAGAUGGAGGAACGGCGCAAGAGGCGAGAGCAGCGCCACCGAGAGAAUGAGGAGAAUGGAGGGAAGCCUGGCGACAACAAGUACAGUGAGCGAGAGCAGGGCAUGAGGGGCGACUGGCGUGACUCCAGAAUGAGGAGAGACUUUAGAGACGGAAGAGCUCCACAGGGCUGGCGGAACGGACGGGAAAGGCAGCGUGGAGGAGAGCAUGACUGGCGGGAGGCUCAGGAGAGGACUAGGGCUGAAGAGGAGUCCAGGGAAGGGAGGAAUGUGGACUGGAAGGCUGAGAGGGAGGAGGGAGCUUUUGGACACCAGGACUUGAGAAAGAAGCUGCAGAGUCAGAGGGAAAGACCUGAAUCGGGUGCAAGUGAUGUGGGAAGAAAAAUGCAUAAACAAAACCACAACUCAGAGAAAAAUGACUUGAAGAAGGAACAAGAGGACACAAAACACAAGCAGCAAGAUGUUCGCAAGAAAGACAAACAUGAUGACCUUGAUGAAACAGCCCUGGAUUAUGAAGCCAUGGACAAUGAAGAGGAGGAGGAGGAGGACGACGAGGGCAAGAAGAGCGUGAAUGGGAAAUUAAGUGAGACAGCCAAACCCAACCACAAGACACCAGCGGGACAGGAAGUUCAGGAGGAGACGAAAGAAGCUGAGAACGCCCCAGCUGAUGAACAGGAAAGAGAGGUAGAAACUAAGAAGGAGAAUGCAACCACAGCUGAAAAGGACCACAAAGACCACACCCCAGAACGCAAGGGUAGGGAGCAUAAUGAACGCCACAAAGACAGGAGCAGGGAGAGGUACAGGCCAUCAAGAGACAGACCCGGACGUUCUCAGGACAUGCGCAGUAAUCGUUCCAGGGAGAGACGUAUGAAUUGGUCCAGGGAGAGGAGGAACCGAUCCCGGGACAGAUGGGACCGUUCCAAGGAGAGGCGAGACCGAUCCAGAGAUAGAGGAGGCAGGAGAGACAGGUCAAGGGAGCGGAGAGACCGGUCAAGGGACAGGCUUAGAGAGAAGUCUAGGGAAAGGUCGAGAAGCAGGGAUAGGGCGAGGAAUAGGAGACGACACCGCUCAGACUCCAGCAAGAGCAGCAGUAGCAGUAGCAGCAGCAGCAGUAGUAGUAGAAGCAAUUGAGUGGACUACAGGUAUCUUAAAUUUAGUACUUGUCUAACCCAUUGACUGCUUGUGACAAGACUUUUUUUUAUUUAAUUAUAUUUUAUUAUUAUUUCUUAUUUAUUUUAUUUAUUUAUUUAUUUAUUUUUUCUUAUUUAUUUAUUUAUU